ACCAUUUUUCAAGCGUUUCUGAGUAUCACAAUUUUCGAUAGUCUUUCGGAACGCAUUUCCAGAACGCUUAGGUUGUGCAUUACUAUAGCGAUGUCCUACGGUGCUCAACAUGAAAGUCGCUUGAACUGUGGGAUUUUCAGGAAGCUUCUUUAGUGACAGACACGUACGUACAAACAGGUGCUAGUUUGAUUUGUCGGAAAAUGUUGCAUUACAUGCUUGCCCUCGUGUGUUGUUUAAACCCGAUCCACUGAAAAUCCCUUUUAAAAAGGCAGCGCCAAUGCAUUACUGGGUUGUUUAUCAACAUGCUGUUUGAGAAUGAAAGAGCUAAAGCAUGCCUAUCUCGCUUAAUGAAAUUGCUACACUUACAUAUUUGUGAUCUGCGAUGGCAAAUUUCCCCGACGAGCCAAACAAGGACCUUAGUAAGGUUUCUGACGAGGGUCUGCAGAGAUGGACCAAGGAUGAGUUGGUCAAAAGGCUUAGGAAGGUGGACGGCGAGAAAAUAAACUUGAUGAUGGAGCAUGGGAACAUGAUGAGGAACGUGAAUCGUAGGCUGCAGGUGCACCUCCACGAGAUCCGCAGUCUGAAGGAGGUCAACCAGAAGCUGCAGCACGACAACCAUGAGCUCCGGGAACUCUGCUGCUUUUUGGACGACGGCAAAAAGGGCAAGAAGCUGUUGCGGGAGUGGCAGCGGUUUGGCAGGUACCCGGCCAGCGCUCUGUUUAAGGAGGUGGGCACGUACCAGCAGAAGCUUAAUAGGCUGGAGGCCAACCAGGAAACUUUGGUGCGCGAAAACACGGAUUUGAAGGAGAUCAUCCUCAUGUUGGAAGAAGAGAGGAACGGAGCCGGCUCCAGGAGUUCUAUCGACAGCCAGUCCAGCCUAUCCAAUCUGAACGGAGGCUCUGGUACUGUGCGAGAUGUUGGGGAUGGUAGCAGCACCUCUAGUGCCGGAAGCGCAGGUAGCCCAGAUCAUCACCAUAACCACAUGAACAAGGCAGUGGAGAUCAAAAUGGGCACCAUGCGGAGGUCUGUGGAUGAUCUUUCUACUCCCCAUCAUUACAGAAGUAUCCCGAGCGGACUGAAUGUCGUCUCCAAUUCCACCCGCUAGUUAGGACUCCCCCAAUCACAC